AAAAACCAGAUAUAUCAAUACUCAAAAGUAUUUGGGAUCGGUAUAGUGCUAUGCAUUUUAAGAAUAAUCAAGAAAAUUCAGAUCUUGGAUUAGUUAUUAGACAUAAGGUGGAUAAAGAACAUUUUGGAGUAUUAGUGAUACAGGUCAAGAACUAUACAGUUAAGCAGAAUCAAACAGAAGAAAACUUUGUAGCAGAAUAUCAGCUUGAGCCUAGAAUUAUCUUCUUUGAGAACUGUACUAACAUUAUUAAGGAUAAUUAUCUGGUCAUUUAUAUUCACACUGGAGCAGCAUAUAAAGACAUCUCUGAGCUUCAUUCAUUUAAAUAUAGCCCAUCAACUAUGCGAUCAUCUGCAUCUAAAAUAGCUGAGAGUUCGAGCAGUGAUAAUCAGCUCUUAGUCUGUGGUCUAGGUUCCUUUAAAUCUGAAUAUCAGAAUAUACUUGAAAGUCUUCUUUGUGCAUGGAAUGAUGCAACACUACUCUGCACUCCAGAAGACAGGCAUUUUCUGUAUUACAUGUUACCUUGUGCUUAUAAGAGUGCUAAGAAAAGGUUACAAGUCAGUGAUGAGCAAGAAGAAAGUUCAUUAACUGUAAAGAAGCGCAAACAGAGUAGGAAAGAUAAGAAAUAA